AAGUCCGAAACGGACACCUCAAUUCUCAUCGACUCAUUCAAUUCCGACAGAUAGAGGCUUGGUCUGAGGGCAUUCGUCCGGGCACAUUCUCUAGACUAAGUCCAAAUAUCUGUCGGAAAAUGAUCGCUCUUAUCGGUGCCUGAAUUGACAUAUUGUUGAGUGACACGCCAGCGUAAAAAGAAUUUCUCAUACAUAUAUAUAAAAAAAUUAUUUUAAGAAGAUGACGAUAAAAUGGAAUAAAUAAUUGAACAAAAUGACUAAACGAUAAAAAUUGUCAAUCGCAUGGAGCUCGAAUAUACACACUAUAAUAAAAAAUGGCGCACUUUCCAAUACCACCCCCACCAUCACCACCAUCACCCCCACGAUAUAUGGACGCAAGUGAUCCGGACCAGCGUGUACCAAGCAGAGGAGCUCUCAUGGGCCGAAAUAGAAAUAAGCCCCGCUUAAUGAUAAAGCAGCUUUCGAACGACAAUGAAAUCCAUGACCACUAUACAACCCUGCAAUUAUUGGGCAGGGGCGGAGAAGACCUUGCGAGGACUUUCGACGUUAGAUUGGUGAGACACAAACGGAUCCGAUGUGCAAUGAAGGUCCAAUCGCUUGUGCCGGACUCGGACGAGGACGAGAUCGAAGAGGACGCUGAAGGACGUGUGAUGAAUGAAAUUCAAAUCUUGAACAACGUACUUCCUCCUCACAAGCACAUAGUCGAGCUCCGCGAUAUCCUUCUAGGUGUAGAGAAAUUCUUCAUCGUCACCGAACGAUGUGCCUCAAAUGAUUUGGUAGAGUUUUACCCAACUGCCAACAACACCAGAGCGCGCAACAUCUUUAAGCAAUUAGUCGAAACCGUCCAAUUCAUGCACGACUAUGGAGUGGUGCAUUACGAUUUGAAAGCGCAGAACGUUCUGUUCGACACGACGCUCAUGAGGGACAUCAAGAUCAUAGACUUCAAUAAAGCCAGGUAUUACCGAGACCUGGCCACCAAGACCUAUAAUAAUUUUAAUCCGGACCGAUAUUAUUGGAGCGAUCGCCACAAUUUUAGACCGGGUGAUCCUUACAAGCAGACAUUGCCAGAUAUCAGACAGUUGGGCAAUAUUCUCUAUAGCAUGUUGGCCGGCACCGAGGUCCAACUCGGUGUGGACGAUUUCUAUGAGACGGACGACCUGCCCGAGGUUAGAACGCAGGUCUUCAGCAGUGAGGCCAUUCAUUUGUUAAGUCUGAUUGGACCUUCCAAAUGGUUAAUUCCUAACCCCGGGCCCCGGUCCGCGCUUAGGUUAACCAAUAAUAUGCGUCUUGAGCCCGUCACUCCUGUGCCGGGCACUCGAGAGAUUCUUCAGCAUCCUUGGAUUGCUUGAACGACAUCAUUUGUUGCUCUCAUCUUCGUAGAUAUCUCGUCCUCUGAUUUCAUCCGAUCCGAUGCCAGCGGAAAAUCUUCCAGGUAAAGCGGGUAAUGCAUAGUUGCAACCAUUUUUCACCAUAUGUCGUCCAACACUAGAAUCACAUUCAUGUAAAUAAAUAUAAUUAUUUAUGCAUGAUAAUCUGGAUAUUCAAAUGCAAAUUUACAGCUGUGUUGAAUCUCACAAACUAUUGUCAAAGUAAUUACAACGCUAGGAAUGUAAUGUAGAUGCUCAAAUAUCACUGAAAUUGAACAAAUUUUGAGAAACCGUUCCUGAAUGUACUAAAAAUGUAGCAGAUUUUUCCAUGUCACUUGAAACUACUAGCCAAAAUCACCCAAAAGAUAUGCAUUAUUUACAUGACGUGAAAUAGACCUAAAAGGAAUAUGUAUGAAUAAGUAAUCAUAAAUGUAUACACAUAUUUUUUUUAACUCUAAAACUAUUGAGAUCUUAAUGGAUCAGUUUAAAAUUUGAUUAAAAGGGCAUGUUCUUAUAAAAGAAGAUAUACCUCAUCCAACUAAGUCGUUAAAUUCACAAUCCAGGGGUUUUGGUUUCUGAAAAUUUUGGUUGAAACUACACUAGAUUAGUAAAUCAUUCAAAGCAUAUUGUAAAAUUUAUUUCUUAAGUAUUUUUAUAUCUACGACAUAGACAUCAUGAUAAACCAUUUACUAUCACAAAGUAAAAGUGUGUACUGUAACAAAAAUAAAAUUUAUAGUUUAUGUUCUUUUUUCAAAUACUCCUAUCAUUGCAAAAGACCUUAAUGAAAAAGAGUUUUGGUUUAUUUUAUUGUAUUCUAACUUAACUGUUGUACUUUUUACCAUUAUAGAUAUGCUGAAAUCUCACAUGCUACAUACGUAUUUUCGAAAAAUGAACUUAUAAAAUCAUCUAAAAAACUAAAUAAAAAAAUUUAUUGAAUUGUAGCUUAUGAAAGAAAAAUAUUUUCUUGAAUUGAUCAUCAUUAUUAAUAAAUUUAAUUUAAAGAAAUAACCUCAAGAUUUCACCUGUACAUCUGGUAUUUAUUAAAUGAAUCGUAUACUUCGGUAAGAAGAUACUCAUAAUGAGUGAAAAUUCUUCAUUCCUUAUUUUUUUAUUUUUAUCUUAUUCUUAUUACA